UGCUGACCCAUGGGACGCCUGUGAUGCCAAAGUGGUGAGCCCAGAGAAGGGGAACCUGUGGGAUUGCCAGGAGCCCCAGCAGCCCAGAGAGGGGAACACCAAUACAAACCUGACCCGCAGCAACCCAGACAGGGGGGCCUCCAGGAGCCGAAAGAGAGACCAGAGAGGGGAAAUCCAGGGUUGGGUGUUUUUGCUGAAUCUUGGUCAUUUCUGUAUUUUGGGGGACUAAAUCUCAGUGUUUUGGGGGUUUACACGGGCACCAGAUUCCCAGUGACUUCUAGAGUGUGGAGGCACAGGUGCCCAACAUUGGAACUGCAAUACCUCAAGGCAAAGGUGACCAGGGUCAGAGAGAGACACCCCUCUGAGGACAAUGGUCUCACCAUCAGCAUUUGCAGGCUCAUGUGAAUGCAGCAGGCUUCAUUGGUAUCACCCAGUCCAGCUGCCCUUUUUUCCUUAUAUGUACUCCCCCUAGAAUGUUCUCCCCUCUCUUGUCCCCCAUUGGUCCCGGUUUACUGCAAUGCUCUGCCCCUGUUACCUCAUUGGUUCCCCAGUUGGCUGCCCCUCCUCUGCACCACCUGUGCUCAGUUCCCAUUGGCCCUUGGCCCUGAGACCCGCCCCUUUCCCCCCUUAUCAAACCCUGUGUCCCCAGCCCCAUUUUGUCUCUGUCUCUGGACCCUCUGCAUUGCAAUAAACUGCAUUUGGAGCUGUGCACACAGACCCGUCUCUGGCCUUGUCCAUCAGCAGGAUUUCUCAUUCCCAAACUGGCUGGAUGGAGGAGGAGGCUGUGAGGAAGAGGAAGAUUCCCCGGGACAUGCAGGCAGACAAGGAGGUGAGGAUGGAGACCAGGGAGGACAAAUCCCCUCAAGAGAAUCUCAAGGAAGAGGCAGAUUUGAGCAGCUCCACAAGGCAGGAAUUCAACAGGGAGGAAAAGCACCAGAGAUCCCACAGGAGGAGGGGCUCCAAACCCAGCCCAGGUUGCUCUGAGGUGAAAGGCUGCACCCUGAGCCAGGAAGGUGGACACAGCUUCAUCCAGGGAUCGGAGCUGGUGGCCUAUGAGCAGCUUCAUGAUGGGGAGAAGCCCUACAAGUGCUUGGAGUGUGGGAAGAGCUUCAGGCAGAGCUCCCACUUGAUCCACCACCAGAUGAUCCACACUGGGGAAUUGCCCUACGAGUGUGGGGAAUGUGAGGGCUUCAGGUGCAGCUCAAACCUCAUUACCCACCAACGCAUCCACACUGGGGAGAGGCCCUACGAGUGUCCCCAGUGUGGGAAGAGCUUCACCCAGAGCUCUGACUUGACCAGACACCUACGGAAGCACCAGUAAGGGAAGCCCUGCAAAUGUCCCUGCAGGGAGAGCUUUGUGCCUGGCUCCAGCUUCAUACCGAAUUGGAGGACCCACGUUGGGAAGAGACCUGUGGUGCAUGUUCCCUGUGAUCCAUGCUGGGAAGACACCUGUCCAUUUUCCUGCCCCUGCCAGUGACAUGAUGGGAGACUGAAGAUCAUGAGGGUCUGGCCAGGGCUGUAUCAUUACAUUCACUCCCACCGCAGGUCAUUGCCAGGGGCAGGAAAGGGACUUUUUCUCUUCCCAAGGAAAAGGGUGUCCUUUCCAAGGAGAGGGAAAUAUGUUGCUGGGAAAAGCCAGUCAGUUGUGUUGUAGUUUUCCCUGUAAAUUGUUUGUCUUAUCCCUUGUCUUAUCAAUAUUGUUUCUGUUUCUGUUUGUUCUUUAUCUCGUUGCUGUUCCCAGUAAAUUGUUCUUAUCCCAGCCCGGGAUCUUUGCCUUUUGUGCUUUCCAUGGAAGGUGGGAGGCCAGCGAGCAGCAGCGCGGUUUUAGC